CCGCGCCCGCACCGCGCCCGGCUGCGCUCCGGCUGACCGGGCUCCGCUACCGGCACCGGCACCGCUCCAAUCCCCCGGAACCGGCACCGGCACCGCUCCAAUCCCCCGGCACCGGCACCGCUCCAAUUCCCCGCUACCGGCACCGGCACCGCUCCAAUUCCCUGGUACCGGCACCGCUUCAAUUUCCCCGGCACCGGCACGGACUCCUCUCCCACUCGCCCUGCUCGAUACCGGCACCGGCUCCGCUCCAACCUUUUUCCUGCACCGGCAGCUCUCCAGCCCUCCCGUACUCCGGACCACUCCAACCCUCUCCUGCUCCAGUACCGGCUCCAGCAUCCGCCCCGCUCCGGUGCCGGCUCCGCUCCGCUGCCGGCCCGGCCCCGUUCCCGGAGCGGCCCCGCGGCUCCCGCAGCACCGCCCCUGCUCUGCCCCGCAGGAAGGAGGAAGGGACACGGCAGGAGGGAGAGUGACCUGCUCGGCGGCCGGUGAGUGCCGGGGUGACCCAGCCGCGGGCCGGGGACCCUGCUCGCACCCCCAGAUCCUCCGGGGACCCUGCUCGCACCCCCAGCCUUUCCGGGGGUCCUGCUCGCCCCUCCAGCCUCUCCGGGGGCCACCGCCGCUGCCUUUGGGACUGGCGGGGCACGAAGUGCGAGGGGAGAGUUGGAGGGCUCUGCCGUCCCUGGCAGCACGAGGGAAGAUGAACAAGAUGAAAAACUUCAAGAGGAGAUUUUCUCUCUCGGUGCCGCGCACGGAGACCAUCGAGGAGUCCCUGACGGAGUUCACGGAGCAGUUCAACCAGCUCAACAACCAGAGGAAUGAAGACCUGGCACAGGGACAGCUGCAGCUGGCACAGCUGGGCAGGGAGGUGGCGGCUGACGGCAGCCCCGUGUCCCCGUCGGAGGGGCAGCGCCAAUCCCCGGUGGCCGCCGUGCGCUACCGCAACCAGCGCCGCUUCUCCACCGAGGACGUCAGCAGGCGCCUCUCGCUGCCCACGGACAUCCGGCUGCCCCCGGAGCUGCUGCAGAAGCUGCAGAUGGAGAGCCUGGAGCUGGCCAAGCCCCUGAGCAGGAUGUCCCGCCGCGCCUCCCUCUCAGAUAUUGGCUUUGGGAAGCUGGAAACCUACAUUAAACUGGACAAACUGGGAGAGGGCACCUACGCCACGGUGUUCAAGGGCCGCAGCAAGCUGACAGAGAACCUGGUGGCACUCAAGGAAAUCCGCCUGGAGCACGAGGAGGGCGCUCCCUGCACGGCCAUCCGGGAAGUGUCGCUGCUCAAGAACCUCAAACACGCCAACAUCGUCACCCUGCACGACAUCAUCCACACCGAGCGCUCCCUCACCCUCGUCUUCGAGUACCUGGACAAUGACCUCAAGCAGUACCUGGAGAACUGCGGGAACCUGAUGAGCGUGCACAAUGUGAAGAUCUUCAUGUUCCAGCUGCUCCGUGGCCUGGCCUAUUGCCACGGCAGGAAAAUCCUGCACCGAGACCUCAAACCCCAGAACCUGCUCAUCAACGAGCGAGGGGAGCUCAAGCUGGCUGAUUUCGGGUUAGCCAGGGCCAAGUCGGUCCCCACAAAAACCUAUUCCAACGAGGUGGUGACGCUCUGGUACCGGCCCCCCGAUGUCCUGCUGGGCUCCACCGAGUACUCCACGCCCAUCGACAUGUGGGGGGUGGGCUGCAUCCACUACGAGAUGGUGACGGGCCGGCCGAUGUUCCCCGGCUCCACGGUGAAGGAGGAGCUGCACCUCAUCUUCCGCCUGCUGGGAACCCCCACCGAGGACACCUGGCCUGGCAUAACGUCCAACGAGGAGUUCAAGGCUUACAACUUCAGCCAGUACCGAGCGCAGCCGCUGAUCAACCACGCCCCAAGGCUGGACUCGGAAGGCGUCGAGCUGCUGACAAAUCUGCUGCUGUACAGAGCCAAGGGCCGGAUCUCAGCCGAGGCAGCCCUGCAGCACCCCUACUUCAGGAGCCUGGGAGAGAGGGUGCACCUCCUGCCUGACAACGCCUCCAUCUUCUCGCUGAAGGAGAUCCAGCUGCAGAAGGACCCCGGGCACCGCGGCUCAGCCUUCCAGCACUCAGCCCGCGGCAAGAACCGGAGGCAGAGCAUAUUUUGAACUGGGAUCCGGCACAUUUCAAACUGGGAGCUGGCACAUUUUGAACUGGGAGCUGGCACAUUUCAAACUGGGAUCCGGCACAUUUCGAACUGGGAUCUGGCACGUUUCAAACUGGGAUCCGGCACAUUUCGAACUGGGAUCCGGCACAUUUCAAACUGGGAUCUGGCUGGCCCUGGUUGCCAUGGAGACGGAAGCGCUGAGGAAGGAGCGGCUCCCAGCGGACCCUGGGCAGAAUUCCCGGCUCCUGCAGGACCCGAACCCCCCUGGACGGACCUGGGACCUUGUCCCCCCCCUUGUCUGGGGGUGUCCCCUCUGAGAGGAGCCCCAGGGAGGAGCGGCCAGCCCCUGCCCUGCCCGGGGGGUUUGGGGGCUCAGGGGGGGAUCUGUGGGGUUUGGGGGCUCAGAGUGGGGAUUUGUGGGGUUUGGGGGGGCUCAGGGGGGGAUCUGUGGGGUUUGGCCCAGGCAGGAGUUGCUGGAAAUGCACCUUUGCUCAGACAAGCUGCCCUGCACCCCCUGGUUUUUGGGGAGACCCCUCUAGGCCUGGCCUGGCACUGGGAGCACCUGGGGCACAUCUGGGGCACAUCUGGGCACAGGAACCAGGGCAGCCCCCCCGGAUUUCACCUCUGCCUGCAGAACCCCCUCUCCCCUCCCUGUUUUGGUGCCCCAAUCCAGCUGAGGGAGGAGCAGCCAGAAUUCCCCCUGCUGUCCCCAGUCCCUGCCCCCAAACUGGGAUGUCCCUGCCCCCAAACUGGGAUGUCCCGAGCCCAGGCAGGGCCUGGCACAGCUGCUGCUGCCCCUUUGGGGCUGUGCCCAGCCCGGCCCCUCCUGGGCACGGAGGGGUGGAGCAGCCCCAGCCCCCUCCCCACGGAGCAGGAGGGAUCCCAGAGGGAUCCCAGAGGGAUCUCAGGGCACAUUUCCCCUCUGUCCCAGCUCUGAGCCCAUCCCUCACACCCAUCUGGGCACGGAGGGGAAGGGAGAGGUGCCAACCAUCCCCUGGCUCAGCUGUGGGCACCAAAACAGCCCUGGAGCAGCUCAGUGCCCUCCAAGCCGUGCCCAGGCUGGGCAGGGUCGGUGCUCCCAGAGCUCACAGGGGGGUUUCCCUCUCCAGACGCUUUGGGGAUGAAUCCAGCCCCGCUGCCCCCCAGCCUGGCAGGGUGGGAGCGGGCACGGAGCCUCCCUGCUCUGCCAGGCCCACGUGGGCUUGGCUCUCCUGGAGGAUCGGCUCCCUUGGGUCUGGCUGGGACACCAGAGCUGGGACUGGCACCUGGAGCUGGGACUGGCACCUGGGACUGAGACUGGCACCUGGAGCUGGGACUGGCACCUGGAGCUGGGACUGGCACCCAGGACUGGCACCUGGAGCUGGGACUGGCACCUGGGACUGGCACCUGGGACUGGCACCUGGGACUGGCACCCAGGACUGGCACCCAGGACUGGCACCUGGAGCUGGGACUGGCACAUGGGGCCAGGUUUGGCACCCGGGACUGGCAUCUGGGACCAGGACUAGUAGCUGGGACUGGCACCCAGGACUGGCCCCUGGAGCUGGCACUGGCACCUGGAGGUGAGACUGGCCCCUGGGAGCAGGACUGGCACUUGGAGCUGGGAUUGGCACCUGGGACCAGGACUGGCACCUGGGACCAGGAUUAGUACCUGGGACUGGCACCCAGGACUGGCCCCUGGAGCUGGCACUGGCACCUGGGAAUGGCCCCUGGAGCUGGCACUGGCACUUGGAGCUGGGAUUGGCACCUGGGACCAGGACUAGUACCCAGGACUGGCACCUGGGACUGAGACUGGCACCCGGGACUGGCACCUGGCACUGGCACUGGCACUGUGCUCCGGGCCCCAGCUCCCCGUGGCGCUGUCCCCGUGGCGCUGUCCCCUCCUGCCCCAGCUCUCCGUGGGGCUGUCCCCCAUCCCCUGCAGCAGCAGCGAUUCCUCCGCAAUCCUUGGGCAGCGCUCGCUGGGAGGGGAAAGGAGCGAGCCCGGAGCUCCCGGGGCUGCCGGGGCGGCUCCUCCCGGUGCCAGCUCAGAGCCCCCGGUGCCACCCGAGCUCUGGCCCAGACGGGUCUCCAGACGUCUGCGCUGUCUGAGGUUUGCCCAGCCCUGCUCUGUUCCCUUCCCGGGAUUCCCAGCCUGAAUUGUUCCCUAAUUGAUUCCAGGGCUGGGGAAGAGCAGGAACAGCCCCCAGCCCCCAGGGACGCGGUUGGGGCCGGGUUUGCCUGGUCCCUCCUGACUCAUUCCCUCUUUUCCUCAUCCCCUCUUUUCCUGGGCUCUCUUGGUUCCUUCUUUUUCUUGUUCCCUCUUUUCCUGGCUUCUCCUGGUUCCAUUUUUUCCAGGUCUCUUCUGGUUUCCUUCUUUUCCUGGUCCCUCUUGGUUCCUUUUCCUGCUCCCUCCCAAUUCCCUUCUUUCCUGGUCCCUCCUGAUUCCCUUCUUUCCUGGUCCCUCCUGGUUCCCUCUUUUCCUGAUUCCUUCCUGAAUCCCUUUUUUCCUGAUCUCCUGAUUCCUUCUUUUCCUGGUUUCUCCUGGUUCCCUUUUUUCCUGGUCUUUCGUGAUUCCUUCUUUUCCUGGUCCUUCCUGGUUCCCUAUUUUCCCGAUUCCUUCUUUUCCUGGUCUCUCUUGGUUCCUUCUUUCCCUGGUUUCUCCUGGUUCCCUUUUUUCCUGGUCUCUCCUGAUUCCCUCUUUUCCUGGUCCCUCCUGAAUCCCUUUUUGCCUGAUCUGAUUCCUUCUUUUCCUGGUCCCUCCUGAUUCCAUCUUUUUCUGGUUCCCUCUUUUCGUGAUUCCUUUUUUCCUGGUCCUCCCUGGUUCUCUCUUUUCCUGCUCUUUUCCUGAUUCCCUCUUUUCCUGGUCCCCCCUGAUUCCCUCUUUUCCUGGUCCCCCCUGAUUCCCUCUUUUCGUGGUUCCCUCUUUUCCUGCUCCCUCCUGCAGCUGGGGCCAGGCUGAGCUCUCCCAGUGCCACCUUCCCUCCCACCCAGGAAUUUCCUUCCCAGGGCUCCAGCUCAGCACAAGGACAAGGACAAGGACACGGAGGCUCCUCGGGUGCCUGGGCUGAGGAAUUCUCUGUUCCCAGGGGAGCAGAGCCUGGAGCAGGGCAGGAACCCUCCCUGCACCACCCAGGAAAUCCCUCCUGCUCCCUUCUCCCAUCCCCACCAUUCCAACAACAAAAUUCCUUCGGAUUUGGGAGGUUCAGGACAAAAAAAGUGCUUUUUUUUUAUUCCCUUUUUUUAUUCCCCUUCUUCCCUAUACAAAAGAUGGGGGGGGGGGGAAAUGGAGCUAAAGGGAAUUUUCCCAAGGUUUUCCAACUCUGGGAGUGGGAAUGAAUUCCCAGCUGAGCCACCCCACAUCCCCACAGGGAGAAAUUCACAUCCAGAUCCCAAAUUCCUGCUGGGAGAAUCCCACGGAGCCAGGAGCAUUCCCAGGGCCAGGAAAAGCCCUGCUGCCUCCUGCUUAUCCUUGCACAGCCUUUCCCUUUUUCCCUAUAAAUCCCCCCAAAAGGGUGGGGGGGGGUUUGGUUUCCACCUUUGGAGAGAAUUCCCAACAUUUGGCAACACCCAAAACCCGAGAAAAAUGAGAAUUUCUUCCCUCCUAAACUUUUUUUUCCCUUUCUUUCCAGCUUUUCCAGUGAUUUUUUUGCCAGAUUUUUUGGGGUUUUUUUUUCCCCUCUGGAAUCACACCCAGAACUCCCCAACUUUUCCAUCAUUCCAGAGAAUUCCAGAAGGUUCCAAUCCCCCAUUCCUGACUAGCUCCCAGUCCCAGAUAAGCCCUUUUAUCCCAGGCAUUUCAUGGAUAUUUGAUCCCCUCUUGGAGUGUAAAUAUUUGGUGCCACGCUCCGAUCCCCACAGCUGGAAAAAAAAAAUCCCAAAACCAACUGAGCUGGAGGCUGGCAGGGAUUCAAUCCCAGAGUCAAAUCCCUCUUUUCCACCUCUGCCAUCAAAUUCCAGCCCUUUUUAGGGGGAGAGAAACCCCCUGGAUGCCCCAUCCUUAAAAAAAUCCCCGUUCCUGUCCCAUCCCUGGGCUGGAUUCCCCAAGUUUUGGAGCAGCAGUUGGAAUUUUCAUGAAAAUGUUGGGAAUUUCUGGGGUUUUCCAGCAUUUUUUAUCCCUUCAUUUCAUGGAUUCUCCCACCCACCACCUCCAGGCAAAAGGAGCUCCUUGAUUUGUCCUACACUCAGUUUUUCCUUGGAAUUUUUUCUCUCCUGGCUUUGUCUUGCACUCCUUUUUUUUUUCUUGGAAUUUUUUCUCUCCUGGCUUUUUCUUGCACUCAUUUUUUCCCUUGGAAUUUUUUCUCUCCUUGCUUUGUCUUGCACUUUUUUUUUUUCUUGGAAUUUUUUCUCUCUUUGUCUUGCACUCGGUUUGUCCUUGGAAUUUUUUCUCUCCUUUCUUUUCCUUGCACUCAUUUUCUCCUUGGAAUUUUUUCUCUCCUUUCUUUGUCCUGCACUCCUUUUUUUUUUUUCUUGGAAUUUUUUAUCUCCUUUCUUUGCCUUGCACUCUUUUUUUAUUUAGAAUUUUUUCUCUCCUUUCUUUGUCUUGCACUCGAUUUUUUUUUUUUUUUUGGAAUUUUUUCUCUCCUUUCUUUUCCUUGCACUCCUUUUUCCUUGGAAUUUUUUCUCUCCUGGCUUUCUCUUGCACUCAAUUUUUUUCCUUGGAAUUUUUCUUCUCCUUUCUUUGUCCUGCACUCAUUUUUUCUUGGAAUUUCCCCCUUUUUUUUCUAUUUUUAUUACCAGCAAAGAGGAUUUUUGGCUGUUCCCUCAGGGAAUUUGUAUUCCUGGUAUUCUUUUGUCUGGCCAGCUGGGAUGGGUGAGGGACCAGAAUUAAAUCAGGGUUUGGGACCAACCCAAGGGAGGCAGAGCUGUUCAUCCCAUCCCUCCCUUCCCACACGGAUCCUCCUUUCCUGCCCCACCCCACGGGGAAAACUCAAACCACAAAAUUCCUUCGGCUUUGGGAGAUAAAUUGAAUUUUUUCCCAUUUUUUCUUGACACACAAGAUGAAAAAAGUGGAAUUAAGGAGAAUUUUCCCGAGGUUUUCCAAUGUUCUCUUUGGGUUUUUCCCUGGUCUCCAGCUGUGCUGCACAUCUGGAGGCUCAAACGGUCAAAAAUUGGGGCUGGAUUUGGGAUUUCUCUCCAAAAUUGGAUUUUGGUGCCAUGGCUGAGCAGAAAUAAUAAAAAAAUUCCACAUUUCCUCAUUGCCUUCCUCCACCCUCAGCAUCCUCCUCAUCCUCCAGCAGGAGAAAUCCAGGAUGGAUCCCCGGGCUGGGAAUUCCUUGGCAGGAAAUUGAAAAUAAAUGUAUUUAACUAGGGCUGAACAAGGCUCCUUUUAAAAGAAAUGAUUUUAAGGAUUUAUUCCAAAAGAAGUAAUGAUUUUUUAUAUGUAUGUGUAUAGAGAGAGAAAGGUUUUUCUGGAAUAAAUGGAAAGGUACAAAAAAAAAAUAAAUAAUAAUAAAUAAUAAAGGAUUUUAUCCGUC